AGCGAACGAUGCCCAUGCCGUGAUGGUUUCCAUUACCGGUGGGUCGCUCACAGUAGAGCGGACCUGUCCUGUACUGCAUGCACUCGUUUCCUAUGGCUGGUGGGUUGCUCACAGUAGAGCAUCCCGUCCUGUCCUGCAUGUACUCGCGUUCAGCCAGCCUCCCACACUGCUGCACAGAGAGCAGACCCCACGCCAACACGAAGAACGGGCACCAUGUUGUUCUGGGUAGAUGCAAUCUUACUAAGCUGUUUUGGCCCUUGGAUGUUUGGCGAAUCCGCUGUUGUAGCUGGGAGAAAAUUUGCUGCUGAAACUCCUCCAAAAUGUAUGUUCUGAGCAUCACCAGAACUUGAUUGACAUGGGCUUUGUAUGACAGUUCCGGUUAGUUUGCACCUUUGGUCGAGUAAAAUGUAGAUGAUAGAUUGUCUUUUCUGGUCCUGUUACAAUUGUUUUCAUGGUCUGAAAUGCUAGGGAAUAGAGGCCCUUUUGGUGUCCCACACGUGAUAUGAGCAUGGCCCUUCCUUCUUCACUUGACCAUUUGAUAGACUGUGUGUGCUGGAAUGUUUUGACAGCCUUGGCAACUAAUGAGCGUUGCUUGUCCUGUGUCUGUUAUAUUGCAUUCCAGCAAUUUACGCAUAUGGUGCUGCUCAAGCAUUUGAUGCAUUAGCAGUUUGCAUGGUAACAGUCAUCAGAUAGGCAUGGUCCAUUUCUAUCAAUAGGGCUGAUUUUAGAAGCAUCCUUCACCUUGUUUUCUUCAGAGGAAGAGAACUGCUUGCUUAUUUGGUUCUGUAUCCCUCUGUGUAGGUGAUAUUGAGAGAUGUCAGUAUAAUCUGACAGGAAAACAGGCAUGAGUCCAUGUAUUAGAUUCUCCCACUGUAUUAGACUAGAGCUCCGUGGCUUCCUUGUUUCUUCACUUUCUUGUAAUGGACAAUCCUGCAAGUUAUCAUAUUAUCCAGGCAUGCCGACUUUGAGCUUGGAAUGUUCAUAUCUGUUCAUAGGCUUGCAUUCCACGAGCUCAACCCUUGCUUUUGUCAUUGUAGAGAAUUAGGGGAACACCUCAGACCCAUUAGGGAGGGGUGGAUUUCAUAUAUAUAGUCAAGAUACAAGACUAUACAUAUCUCUAAUAAUCAUUGACUUCCAGGUUUUCUAUCUUAACCUGCUGGAUCGCUGAAAGCCUGAAACUGAAUGCAGACAUCACGAUCUAUCCUCACCUCAUCUUUGCUGAAGCUCUUAUGUUGAUGUCAGAUUGUUGAUAAAGUUCAGAUGAGCAACCAAGUGUUGAUAGAAGACAGUAGCAGUUUUGGGGACAGAUUUAGCGAAUCAAAACUCCACUGGUCGCUGGUGGUGACGCAAAGCCAUGCCCACUCCACCCGUUGGUCGGGUCUCUUAUUCCCAUGAGGCCGUGAGUCACCCUCAUCAAGCGGUGGUGGCACCUUGUCCAUGGAGCUCUGCAUGCUACUUUAAGGCGAGUUUUUUGAGUCUCUUUCCUACCAGGAUAAUAGCUUCUGUGAAGAAUAUAUGAGAUCAGUAAUUAUAUUGCUUGCUCUGGAGUAACAUGCAAUACAAAUGAUACCUUAGAUUCAUCAGAGAUUUUUUCUUCCUGCGCAUUCAAAGUUUCAUCACAUGCACCAAAAUAAUUAUUCCCAAUCCAUAGGUUGGUUUUCACCUAUUUACGCUGAUCUUUUGUAGGAUACAUAACUCAUGAAUUCAUUGUGAGCAUGAAUUUCACUUCCUGCUUUAGUUUCAUACCCUUUAUAAGGACUGGCAUAGAUUACAUCUGUUUGUGUUUGAUCUCUAUCAUUCGUAAUCAUCCAAGAUUUAAACAUAAACCUGGAUCAACGCUUCGGAAUGCCCGUUUCACAUUGGGAUGAAAAGCAGUUUUUGAUGAAGUGCUGCACAGCCUUAGUUAUUCUCCAUUCAGCUGUCAUCCUAUAUAUAGAGUGAUCUACUCUCUAUAUUCUGAUGUAGUCACAUAACAGAAUCAUUUUAUGGUACCUUUAUUCAGUAAAUAGUUGAGCUGUGUGUAACCUGAAACAUUACUAUUUUGGUCUUCCAUAAAUUGCCAAGCCAGAUGGAUCUGGGAGACAUCAUUGCAUAACAAACAUGUGUCGUCAGAUUGGUUGCUACUGUACUUCUGUAGUCAGAAGGAUGCAGAACAGAUAUUUUCAUUAUUAUGAGCCUCGACAGCAUGCACCUAGGGUGCUUAUUCUUCACCCAUCAAUCGUGAUGGACGCACAUGGCUUACAGGAUCUUGCUGGCUUCAGGAAGAAGACACAUGUCUCCUCUCCAUGCUUAGUUGUGGCAGGUUGGUGCUGGGAAAGUGCCUCAUGAACCAUUACCUGGACAAGGUUUACCACUUUACCUUCACAUAUGCACUUUUAUUAUUGUUUCGAUCAUUUGAUGAGUCAUGAUCAACGUAGUAUUACUUUUCUCAUCCCCAAUGCUUGGUUUUAACUGUAUUAUAUGCAGGAAGGUAUUCAGAGAUAAGAGAAUUAAUGAAAACUAAUUUCACAUUCAUUGUUAGUUAAGAUCUAAAAGUAAUUUUGUUCUGAGGCUGAUCCCUGAAGUGAAUUUUUGGAAGCUGCUUUGCUAAUGGAAACUUUUGCCUACACGAGCCUACAAUUUGCAGACCGGUGCUGCUGCCAGUCUUUACUUGUUCACAUGCAGCUGUGGUCGGCACUUGUCUGUGCCAUACUGCCAUUAGAUGCACAGUAGCAUGUUGUCAAGUGCUAACUUACAGGCUGCUGCCAGCAGGCAGCAGCUGCUUAUGUCAUUGUCGCCAUUUCAAGUGGCUCCUGCAUCAAAUCAUAUAUAAGAGGAGGAUGAAAGCGUGUGCAGUUUACUGCUAAAUGAUAGAGUCAGUGCUGCAUCACAUCUUUUGGGAAAGCUGGAAUGGUGAACAUAUUUGUACAUAUGUCAAGUAUCAGAUGAACUGAUUAAAUUUCAAUAUAAUUCUUGACUAUCGACACCUGCUUAAUCUGGAAUUUGUCAGCUGUUGAAAACUAUUCUCUUUCUAGUCCCUAUAGGUUGAUGGACCUGCUCAUUCCAUGUCAUGAUUCUGUGAUUACUUCUUUGUUUAGUUUGCUAGCAGUUUGCAUGGUAUCUGUCACCACGUAGGCAUGAUCCAUUAUGUCAAUGGGGCCACAACAUGCACAUGCAGUGUGCCACAUUGUGGUGGCUGAUUGAGUCAGCUGGAGUCUUUCUAAAUCAUUCUCCUGCUGUGAUCAGUGAAUCUCUGCCCUUUUCUUACUUUGAAUAGAAUGUAGCUGGGAAUCUCACAUUCGCAUAUCAACCUCAGUGAAAGAAUUUACUUGACUUGAGUCAGGCCAAGCCAGUGCAACCAAAACUCCAUCUUUUGUCUCCUGGACCAUUCAAUUAUGGGGCUAGUUCUUCAUAUAAAACCAUGCCAUGCCUCCGAGGCUCGUCAAUGCUACUGUCUGCCUCUCUCCUGUGAUUUCAGAUUGGUUCCAGAGACAUGGGCCUAAAGGUGUUUCAUUGGCUGAAUUGGAGGAUGCAUCCUAAUACUGAGUACUGCACCAUCCAUGGUAACAAGGCCAUGGAGGAUAGGGAGGACUCUGUGCCUCAUAGUGUGGUUGAGAAAGACACUGAAGCCCUUUUGCUCCGUGAUGUGCUUCUUAAUGGUAUACUUGCAAUUGGCACACUUGGACAUCACGUAGACUCAUUUUGUCCUGAGGCUUGCAUUGAAGAAGAAGAUCUCCUCGUCAUGGGUGAUGAGAGAGUAAUUGAGGAAGAUAUAGAUGAUGAGGAACCCAGGAAUGAUCAGGUGAAAGAAGACGUUGCAUUGGAAACAGAGCCAUGUGAACCAGUAUUGCCUAUUGUUGAGCCUGCUAAGAUGCAUUCAUUGUCAAUGAAAGAAGACAACUUUACAUGCUUUGUAACAGAAGAAAUCCUGAUGCGUGAGGUGGAAGAUGGGGGAGCUGUUAAUAUCCAGGAGCGACCACUUCUGAUGGUAGAGAAGGUGGAGAAAGUAAGAACUACACUUGCUGAUUUAUUUGCAGCAGAAGUAUUCUCAUCAAGUGCUCCAGGGGAGAAUAGUUGCCAGGAUAUCAUCCAUGUUGCUGGGGCAUCCACUUCAAAGCAUACAUCAUGCAUGGACAAGAUGCAUCAAAAGAAACCAAGGAAGCCACCACCAAAACCACUGAAAGCCACAAGAAAAUUAAGUCGGGUCAUGAGGAAGAUGUUGGGGAAGAAGAUCCACCCAGAGCAGCUCAAUGGGCGUAGCAAUGCAGAGGGGCCCCUUACUGCAUGAUGUUUAUUCUUGCCGACAAAUUUGCUUCUCUAUUUGGUUUCAUUGGAUCCCUAUGACUCACAGAUUCCUUCCUAGAGAGAAGCACCCAUGGAUAGUCGUCGUCGUCAACAAUGUGGAAGUUCCCUUUUUUGUUGCUGUGUUUCGUCGCCACCGAAGCAUGAAUAGCAUUCUGCUUUUCCUAUAUUCUCCUGCUUAUUUGCAUGUAUAAAUCAACUGUUGGGGUGUGUGUGAUCUUGUAAGCUGCCAUUCUCUGCCACUGUCUUGUCGUCGCGGUAUGCCAAAAAAAUUUAAUAAAACCUCUGCUUAUCCGUUU